UUUAAUAUUUAGUCUUUUGGAUGAUGCCUGCACAGUUCCACCUUGAAGACGGAGUCCGGCCUGACGGAUGGUGGUACAUCACUCCUCCUCUCUGGGGGUCAGCUGUAUCUGCUGAUGGGAAAUGGACAUGGGCAUGGAAAACUACAAUAAAUCGGUGACCCUGGGAGGAAAAGGUUUGGACCCCCCCGCCAUAGAGCAAAUCUCCGGACGAGCACUUAGCACAGUGAAUGCAUCGUGCAAGGGAACUACAGGCAGCCAAAUCCCGGUUCUCAGAAGAGUACUCUCAUUACAGGCUGGGGUCAUGGUGGCUUUGCAGUAUUUUCCCUUUCUGCGUUUAUUUCUAUGUAAUCUCCUUUCUGCUCUAAGCUGCUUUGCAGCAGCAGGAACGGCGACGCGUGAGCAGCUGACCACACUGAAGGACUUCCCGCCGCACCGUCUAAGGUUUUUUUACGUCCGGCCACACAAGCCGCUAUCGGGACCCCCUCGCUCGACCUUUGGCACAGACUUGCAACCCCCCCACCAUCUCCACCCCUUCAUCCUGGUCAGCUGUAGGAUGACUGCGCCUGUGUGCUGACGAGGCGUUGGCGAGCAGCAGUAAUGGGCGCUGCGCUGGCCGGCUUCCCCACCACCCCCUCGGACGCCGCUCUGCCACCACCGCCGCACCGCCCCCCCAGGACGGGCGCUCCCCUCAGCCCCGCCGAUGGGCGAAGACGCUGACGCAACGCUGACGCUGAACCACCACGGCUUCCUCCCCGACCACAACUAUGUGACUGAAGUAUCUCUCAGCAUUGCUGAAGUGGCUCGCAUGCCAAAUAAUUAGCCGACAUUGCUGAAAGGGCUGCUCCUGGCUAUAGCCUGAAGAGCUCCGCCCAUCCCGUCCACCCCUCUCCACCCUGGAGUCCUCCCCCAGGAUGUUGAGCCCCAUCCAGGUGCUGUGCUCCGACAUCACUACCCUUUCUCUGGAGCCUGAGCCGUUUGCCUCUUACACUGAAGCCGACAUCAUCUCCACCGUUGAGUUCAACCACACGGGAGAGCUCCUGGCCACCGGGGACAAGGGGGGCCGAGUGGUCAUCUUUCAGAGGGAACCCGAGAGCAAAACCGAGCUGUUCUCCCAGGGCGAGUACAACGUCUACAGCACUUUCCAGAGUCAUGAGCCCGAGUUUGACUACCUUAAGAGUCUGGAGAUCGAAGAGAAGAUCAAUAAGAUCCGAUGGCUGCCUCAGCAGAACGCCGCACACUUUCUCCUGUCUACCAACGAUAAAACUAUUAAGUUGUGGAAGGUGAGCGAGCGAGACAAACGGCCGGAGGGAUACAACCUGAAAGAUGAGGAGGGUCGCAUCAAGGACAUCUCCACUGUCACCUCCCUACAGGUGCCCGUUUUGAAGCCCAUGGACUUAAUGGUGGAGGUGAGCCCGCGGCGAGUGUUCGCCAACGCCCACACCUACCACGUCAACUCCAUCUCCGUCAACUCCGACCACGAAACCUACAUGUCGGCCGACGACCUGAGGAUCAACCUCUGGCAUCUGGACAUCACCGACCGCAGCUUCAACAUCGUGGACAUCAAGCCGGCCAACAUGGAGGAUCUGACGGAGGUGAUCACAGCGGCCGAGUUCCACCCGCACCACUGCAACCUGUUUGUCUACAGCAGCAGCAAAGGCACCUUGCGCCUCUGCGACAUGCGAGAAGCCGCGCUGUGCGACCGCCACUCCAAAUUGUUUGAGGAGCCGGAGGACCCCAGCGCUCGCUCCUUCUUCUCCGAGAUCAUCUCCUCCGUGUCCGACGUCAAGUUCAGCCACAGCGGGCGCUACCUGCUCACCAGGGACUACCUGACCGCCAAAGUGUGGGACCUCAACAUGGAGAGCAAGCCCCUGGAGACCUACCAGGUCCACGAUUACCUCCGCAGCAAGUUGUGCUCCCUUUAUGAAAACGACUGCAUCUUCGACAAGUUCGAGUGCGCCUGGAACGGCUCGGACAGCGUGAUCAUGACAGGAGCCUACAACAACUUCUUCCGCAUGUUCGACCGCAACACCAAGCGCGACGUGACCCUGGAGGCGUCCCGGGAAAGCAGCAAACCCCGGGCCGUGCUCAAACCGCGGCGAGUGUGCGCGGCCGGCGGGAAGCGGCGGAAGGACGACAUCAGCGUGGACAGCCUGGACUUCACCAAGAAGAUCCUGCACACGGCGUGGCACCCGGCGGAGAACAUCAUCGCCAUCGCCGCCACCAACAACCUGUACAUCUUCCAGGACAAACUCAACUCGGAGAUGCACUCGUGAGACGGACGGAAUGGACGCCGGACGCGUCUUACGUCACGUCGUCAACCUCCUGAGAACCGGAAGGACCUCGAGCAGGCGAGAGGAUGUUUACAUGUUCUUCUUUCUUUACUUCCGUACGUUAGAGUCACUGGCUGGAUGCUUCAUUUCACUUCUAGCACCCCCAUUUUAGUUUUUUCAACUUGACAAUGAUCACGUGAUGACGUACGAGACCUGGAUAUCCAGUCAGCUGGGCUUCACAGCCAUAGGAGAAGGAUCUCCUCCACACGAGCGUGCAGGUUCUUCCCACAGAUUCUGCUUCUGGGGCUGCAUUUUGUGCUACUUUAAUACAACGAAAGCAAAAAAAAAAAAACUCCAAAAUAUGCUGCAUGUCCGAGAGAUUUAGCCUCUGCUGUAGACUGACUAACGGACCCGGCUGCCUUCCUACCUAACGUUUCCACCCAGCUGUACAAACGCUUACAGCACGAGGACGCCGCAGACGAGCUCUCUUUACCUUUACGUGCGUCUUUGGACGCCUGGCGCAUGUUUACCAAGCCUCGGGCUCUUCCACUUGCAACUUGGAAAUGGAAUGAAGCUGAACAGGAACCCGGAUGUUUCGGGUUCUGUCAAAAAAAAAAAAAAAAAGGGCCAAAAUGGUGUCUGUAUGUACCAAGACCAUUUUUUAAAAAUCCAUAAACUGACUUAUGGACUUGACUUGAUUGAUUUACCAGAUGAUUGCCUCCAAAGCGACAGCAGAGAUGCUACUUUGGUCUCUUCAGCCUUUCUCACUGAUUACUUUGCUAAUGUGCAGAACACUUUAUUUUUGGAGAACAAUUUAUUCUUUUAUUUCCCUUUUUCAAGAAGAAAAAGGAAUGUCCAGUUUUCUCCAUGUGCUGACCGAGCUAAUGUCAACAAUUUUUUGCAUAUUUUUGUUUUUUUUUCAUGUAUGGUGAUGACAAACUUGUCACAAAGACAGGUACACAAAAAAAGGUUGGGAUUUUUGGAAUAAAGAUUUCAAUAAUUGCACCCAU